UUGUUCCAUCUGAGUCGGCGGAAGGAAGACGGUCCCAGGGUGAAUAACAUCGGAGCGCAGGAACCUUUAAAAUCAUGGCGGAGACCGAGAUCGGUUCUGAGGAACCAGUUUCAAGAAAGAAAAAGGAAGUACUCGCUGAACGAGUUUUAGGAACAGUGAAAUGGUUCAACGUCAAGAAUGGCUACGGAUUCAUUAACAGAAACGACACGAAAGAAGAUAUUUUCGUCCAUCAGACUGCAAUAACAAAAAACAACCCCUUAAAGGUGGUUAGGAGCGUUGGAGAAGGAGAGACCGUCGAGUUCGAUGUUGUCGUCGGUGAAAAGGGCAACGAGGCGGCCAAUGUGACGGGGCCCGAGGGCGUCCCCGUGAAGGGGAGCCCCUAUGCAGCAGACCGGAGGAGGGGCCGCUUCAGGGGUCGCUGGACGGCCCAGCGGCGAAGGCCCCCGCCCCGCCAGUCAGGCGACCAGGAGGACAGCGAAGGGGCGGAGCUGCAGGGAGAGGAGGACGGCGGGGGCCAGCAGCCCCGUAGGGGCCCCCCGCCACGGAGGCCUUUCUACCGACGCUACUUCCGCAGGCCACGGGGCAUUCCCCGCAACUCGGGCGGAGACCGAGGCUCGGACAUGCAGGGAGAGGAGGCAAGCGAGGAGCCCGGAGAGGAAGAGGACGGGGACUACUCGGGCGGCCGGGCAGAGGGAGGAGGGGGCUCUCGGAGACCCCCAGCACCUCGCAAGUUUUACGGGCGCUACUUCAGGCGCAGGCCACGGCGCCCCCGCAGCGACACGGAGGGCAGCCAGAGCGGACUCGACGGCGAGGCCAAGGAGAGUGACGGAGGUGGCACGGGUGACCCCCAGAGAGAGCGGGGGGGCCAGACGGGCGGCCAGCGCAGGAGGCCUCCCUUCCGGCCCCGGCCCCGGCGCAGAGGACCCCGACCGAGCUCGCAGACGCAGGACGACGACGGGGCAGGGUCCCCCGGCAGUGGAGGAGGAGGAGGAGGAGGAGGCCGUUCGAGGGAGGACAAGAGAGACAAGUCGAGGGAGGAGAAGAGGGACAAGUCCCCCAAGCCACAGAGGGAGUCGGGGGGAGAGACGAAGCCCGCAGCGGAGAAGGCUGCUUCCACGCCCAGCGGCGGCGCCACCUCGAGUGAGGCCAGCAGCAACGGCACGGCGGCAGCCUCUGCCCCGUCUGCAAGCCUUGACUCCUCGUCGUCUGCCGUCGAGGGCACCGUGUCGGCCUGAAGGUUGAUGGGCCACCCGUGGAAGGAUUCUUUGUUGUUGGUUUUCUUCUCUCUUCCCUCGAGGCGCACACAACAACAACCCUCCUCCCUUAUCUCCCUCCCCCGACACCUCCACGAAAACACCCCUUUUUCCCCCACACGGAGAUGCGCAGGGAACAUUGCGGUUCUGAGAGAGGCGGGGCGCGGACGGAAGACGGAUGGACGCACCACAACCGGCGGGAGGAGCAUGUGACCUCGCUUCCUUCCCCUCAGUGUUUGUGUGCGUGUGCAAGCGUGCGUUAGUCAACCAAAGUAGAGAGAGGGGGGGCCUCCACAACGAGCGGUAGGGGGUUGCAGGCAGAGGUUCUUUUUGUCCUCCCUCACGGGGCCUUGGGUUGUUUCGACACUUCAUUAUUUGGUUUUCUUCUAACACUCGAGCAAGCGGCAGCGAUGUGGGGAGAGAAAACAUGGGGAAAGUGCAGCGAUGUCUCACAAAAUUUGCCGUGUGCAUGCAAGGAGGGGGAGGACUUGGGCUCCUCCCCCCUUCCUCUGGGGGCCCCCCCUCCUGCCUUAGACCAGCCUCUCUCCUUUCCCGCCUGGACCCGGAGAGACACUCCCUCCCUUCCUUUCGGCUGUCUGCCGCCAAAGUUGUCUUCUGUCGCGCUAACAUCCGACAUGCACAUGUUUUGUGAACAUCUACAAGAAAGAAAGGGAACCAACUUAGACAACAGCAGCGGGAAAGCGACAAAAGAGCAUGCAAAGAAAAACGCGGAAAAACCAACAUGCGCGCCCAGCUGACGCCUUAAUGUAAAACGAGGAGUGAGAGAGAGUCAACAAGAAAAGAAAAACUUGCCAAAAAUUUGCCACCUCUGCAAGAUUUUUUCUUUCGUCAAGAGCCAGUGCAGAGUUGUACUUGGCGAGCUUUAUAUAAGUUAUUUUUUUCCCAUCUUUUUGUAGAAAUUUUUUGUGAAACUGACGACCGAAUCUAUUCAAUAUUACAUUUACGAGGCAUUUGCAGGCAUAUUGAUUGGAGUUGCUUGCAUUUGUAUAAUUUGUUGACAUUUUGAUGGCAUGCCUCAGUCUGACUGAGAUUUGUUCCUUUUGGUUUUCUUGCCUAACAAGAUUUUGACUUUUUUUUUUUGACAGGUGGCACUAACUUUGUACAGGAAUACAAAAAAAAAAGUUUCUAAAACAUGUGCAGUUGCAAUAAAGAAGUUUUCCCUAC